ACAGCCCAGCUAGUGGCUAGAAACAAUAACACAAGGCAAAUGUAAACAUUCCUGCUCGAUUGCAUUUUGUUUGUCGAAUUUGUGAGAAUACAGUCGAAUUACAGGCUAGAAAAACGACACAAAACCAUGGAAAUACGAAACGAAGUGAAGCAGAAGGACAAGGAGGUGGAAAAGAAAAAGUUUGUCGUGCGCAAUGCGGCCGACAUACAGCGGGCUAAGCUGGAGAAGCUGAUGAAGAAUCCGGACAAACCCGUCAUCAUACCGGCGCCGAGCAAAAAUCGGGACUUUUCCACCGCCAUACCGUCGUUCGUGCGCAACGUGAUGGGCUCGAGUGCGGGGGCCGGUUCGGGCGAGUUCCACGUGUAUCGCCAUCUGCGCCGGAAGGAGUACGCCCGCCAGAAGCAAAUACAGGAGAAAAGCCACGCCGAGCAGCUGGACGAUGCGUUCCAGCAGAAGCUGGAGGACAACAGAAAGGCGGCCGAGGAGCGGACGGCGAAGAAGCGGGCCAAGCGGUUGAAGAAGAAGGCGAAGCAAAAGACGCACCACCGGGGCAAAAAGCCGAAGCUCAGCGAAAGCGGAAACGAGGUGGAAGGAUCGUCUGACGAGAGUGAGGGGGAAGACGACGGUGACGAUGGGCCGGCUCAGAGCGAAGAUUCGAAGGACGAGAUGGAGACGGACAAGGCUGAGGGGCAAAAUGAAGCAACCAGCGAUGAUGCUGCCCGAAAGGAGAGUGAUAUAAGUGGGAAGGAAGGAACAGCACAACACACAGACGAAACGACAGAAAAAUCAACCGGAAACUCAACACCUCAAUCCAUGAACGACGCCGAAGGUGAUGAACCAAACGCUGCAGAGAAGGAGCAGUCUCACAGAAAGGAGGACGAAGAUACCGGAAAAACAGAAAACUCAGGCAAACAGUAGAAACUGUGUGUGUGCGGUACAAAUCAAUAAACAAUUCAUAAGUUAAAUAGCAA